AUGCCGGGACGUCUGCGGCGGGUUACCAUUUAUGAGACUGCCGGACGGUUUUACCUAGUAGGAUGUGAUGCCUCGGGAAUGCGAUUCAAAGUGCUGAAGAUUGAUCGGAUUGACUCCAAGGCGUUGCUCACUGGUGAGCCUGACUCUGACUAUUCCAAAGAGGAAAUAUUGGAACUUCUCGCAACUAUCACCGAAGGCAGUUCAGUUGUGUACCGUUCAUCUGCCGGAUCGAAUUCCAAGUCAAAUCGCAAAGGAUCUCCCGGUCUUAUUGAGAGGAUAAGUAAUGCAUUUGGUAUACUGGGAGUGGUACGAUUCGUAGAAGGAUAUUACCUAAUAGUUGUAACUAAGGCAAAUAUAAUAGCCUGUUUUGGAUAUCAUUCCAUCUAUAAGAUUGCUGAGGUGGCAAUGAUUUCUAUAGCAAUGGAUGGUCUAUCAACCUCAACUGAGGAGCAGCGUUACGUCAAACUAUUCCAGUCUGUCGAUCUCUCCACGGAUUUCUACUUUUCAUACACGUACGAUCUGAGCCGAUCUCUACAAGAAAAUGCCCUUUCGGCGAAGUGGGAUGAGGACGGAGAGCGAAUUCUUAAUUCUGACAAGAAAUUUGUUUGGAAUACCUUCCUCCUGAAGCCCCUUCGCGACAAUUUGGUUAGUGAGCAGUGGUUUCUGGAAAUCGUCCAUGGUCAUGUAGGACAACAAUUAAUUGAUCUGCCAUUUACAAAGCUUUCACUGACAUUAAUCGGUCGGCGAUCUGCUGAGUACGCGGGUACGAGGUUUUUGAAGAGAGGAGCCAAUCAGAAAGGAAGCGUCGCGAACGAUGUCGAAACUGAACAAGUUCUCUGGGACGUGUCCUCAUCUCCGAACUUCAGCUUGGGAAGGUUUUCUUCAUUUGUACAAAGACGUGGCUCUGUUCCUUUGAGGUGGUCACAAGAUCCAGCCACAAGAGGUGUCGUCGGAAAGCCGCUUAUUUUGGUAGAUAUCCAUGAGCCUCACGCUCAAACUGCGGCAGCACACUUUCGUGAACUUCGGAAAAAAUACGGAAAUCCAGUGGUUGUCAUGAAUCUUGUGAAAAGGAAGGAAAAACGCCGACAUGAGAGUUUGCUGCAUGAUCAGUUUUUGAAGGCUGUGAACUAUCUUAACCAGUUUCUUCCACCGUCCGAACAUAUUGCAUACUUGAGCUUUGAUGUUGCUCGGUGCAACAAGGCUUCCACAGUGUCUUCGAAUGUGCUGACCAAGUUGGAGGAGAUUGGCUUCAAAGCAGUACAAGCUCAUGGAUGGUUCCAAUCUUUUCCAAUGCCGUACACUCGCUCAAUGGAUCAUCGAUCAGCUCUUCCUGAUUUCAAGCCGGUCUUUUCAUCGGAUGGGCGUUUUCUUAUUCAACAUGGAAUAAGCAGGACAAACUGUGUCGACUGCUUGGACCGCACCAAUGUUGCACAAUUCGGAAUAGGUCGUGUAGCAUUGGCUUGUCAACUAUACGCUAUGGGAGUCCUAGAUUAUCCUUCGUUGUCCCUUCAAAGUGACCUGUGCCGCGCCUUCGAAGAUCUAUUCGAUGACCACGGCGACACAAUGGCGUGGCAAUAUGCUGGGAGUCAACUGGUACAUUCCAUAAAAACCUACAAAAAGACUGCUGCCCUUCAGGAACGAAGUAGGGAUGUUAUUCAAACAUUAUCACGGUACUACAGUAAUACCUUUGGUGAUUAUGAUAAGCAAGCGGCGAUCAACCUCUUCUUAGGAAUGUUUAGGUAA